UGUUUUAACACCGCUGUAAAAGAAGAGGUCUAAUCCAGCAAUUUUGGCGCUCCAACUUCAGGUAAUAUAUACAGAGAAUUGCUCAGAGUUUGGACACUCAUUUAACCUGUUCGGAGGUGACAGAAGAUUUAAAGUGAUAUGAAGAAGGUAAAGCUGUGACAGUGGGAAUCAAACAUAAAAAUAGCCCCGGUGAAGACAAGAAUAUCUAACCUUAUGCCCUCAGCUACCGGAACUGUGAAGGAAGGAGGAGGUAACCCUAUAGGGCAGCAGAAGGGCGGGGCGACUAUGCCCAGUAAUGAAGAAUGCGGGAUCCGAGAUGUUUGGGGUCACAACCUCGAAGAAGAGUUUCGCACCAUUCGACAAGUUGUACAGCAAUAUCAGUAUAUUGCGAUGGAUACCGAAUUUCCCGGUGUAGUAGCUAGGCCUAUUGGCGAAUUCAGGACUAGCGCUGAUUAUCAGUAUCAGUUAUUGCGGUGUAAUGUAGAUCUUUUGCGAAUAAUUCAACUCGGUCUUACGUUUCUCGAUGAAUCGGGAAAUACACCUGGCGGUAGUUAUACGACGUGGCAAUUUAAUUUCAAAUUUAAUUUACAGGAAGACAUGUAUGCGCAAGACAGUAUAGACAUGCUACAAAACAGUGGUAUACAAUUUAAAAAACACGAAGAAGAGGGUAUCGACCCUUUAGACUUUGCCGAACUUUUGAUGACAUCGGGAAUUGUUCUGGUCGAUGACAUAAAAUGGCUAUCCUUUCAUUCUGGUUACGAUUUUGGCUAUCUAUUGAAACUUCUUACAGACCAAAAUUUGCCGCACGAAGAAAGUGAAUUCUUUGAACUUCUUAGGAUAUAUUUUCCAACGAUAUACGAUGUAAAAUAUUUAAUGAAAUCGUGCAAAAAUCUAAAAGGAGGCCUACAAGAGGUAGCGGAACAAUUGGAAAUUCAAAGAGUUGGUCCGCAACAUCAAGCUGGAUCUGAUUCGUUACUUACGGGAAUGGUCUUCUUCAAAAUGCGAGAGAUGUUUUUCGAGGAUAAUAUUGAUGAUGCGAAAUAUUGCGGUCAUUUGUACGGUUUGGGAACGUCGUUUGUCGUGAAUGGUUCAGGAGGGUACCUAGACAGUAAUGGAGAUAAUUCUUCGUCUUCGUAAUGUUAAAACUACCACAUCUCAGUCGGAACAAAUUAUUUCACUACAAAUAAAAUGUUAUAAAUAAUGUUUCACUUAAUGAUCAAGCGUAUAGUUCAUGUCCACGAUAUUACAUUCAAAUCUCUGCUGUAGAUCAUAAAUAUCAUUAACCGAAAAUGAAACUAUAGGAACAUUUUUUCAUAUCUGCAUUUUUGGUAUCCUCGAAUUUGAGUCUUUCGUAGGUUUCUUCUGUGAUACGUGCUAUUAAUCGAACAUAUUUUACAAUACCACGUAACAUGAAAUAUGUAAUAUAGUUUCUUUACAAACGUUUGUGACAAUAUCGGUAUACAAGACACAAUGGCAGUACAAAUCGAGAAAAAAAAAAUCAUUCUACACUUAAGAUUUUUGCAAAAUCUCUUAUGGGAUGAAAGUUCGAAGAAAUAUUGAAAAAACGAAAAAAUAACAAUUUAAGGAAGACAAAUACAAGAUAGUAUUGUCUAAGAACAUCUAUCAGUGUUCAUGUGUACAUUUAUCAUACCAUGCAUUUAUAGAUGAACACAUUUUAAACCUAACGAUUUCUUAUAUUUAGUGUUUUAAUAAAUAUUCCUCAAAAUCAUUACGCUUUGUGCAAUUUCAGACCAACAUGCAUAGAACAUCAACGCAUAGCAUUAGAAACAAAAUCUUCCUAUCGUUCUUUUUUACGAUUAGUUCCGUUGUGUAGGAAAUAUAAAUAGUAAAAAA